GGCAGCCCCGCCCGCCGAGCCGAGCUCAGGCCGCUGCCACCCCGCCGGCUCCGCUCAGAGCGUGUGUGCAGCCAUGGCCGGAGCCCCCGCUCUGGCCCUGCUCCUGCUUGGGCAGCUGCUGGCCGCCACCGUGACCGUGACUGGGGCGCAGAAAGUGGGACCUCGAGGCCCCCCCGGCCCCCGAGGACCACCUGGGAAGCCAGGCAAGGACGGCAUUGAUGGAGAAGUUGGUCCUCCAGGGCUGCCUGGGCCCUUGGGACCGAAAGGGGCCCCGGGGAAGCCAGGGAAACCAGGAGAAGCCGGGAUGCCGGGACUGCCUGGUGUGGAUGGUCUGACCGGGCACGAUGGACCCCCUGGACCCAAGGGCGCCCCCGGAGAACGGGGAAGUCUGGGACCCCCAGGGCCACCUGGGCUGGGGGGCAAAGGCCUCCCUGGACCCCCCGGAGAGGCAGGGGUGAGCGGCGUCCCAGGCGGAAUUGGCCUCCGGGGUCCCCCGGGACCCUCUGGACUUCCAGGCCUCCCUGGCCCCCCGGGACCUCCCGGCCCCCCUGGUCGCCCAGGGGUCCUUCCCGAAGGCGUUACUGACCUUCAGUGCCCGGCCAUCUGCCCGCCAGGCCCACCGGGGCCCCCAGGAAUGCCAGGGUUCAAGGGACCCACCGGCUACAAAGGGGAGCAAGGAGAAGUCGGCAAGGAUGGCGAGAAGGGUGACCCCGGCCCCCCCGGGCCCCCUGGCAUCCCAGGCACCGUGGGGCUGCAGGGUCCACGGGGCCUACAAGGGUUUCCAGGGCCACUCGGACCCCCCGGGGACCGGGGUCCCAUCGGAUUCCGAGGGCCCCCCGGGAUCCCAGGAGCCCCUGGGAAAGUGGGUGACAGAGGCGAGAGGGGCCCAGAGGGGUUGCGCGGCCCCAAGGGCGACCUCGGCAGGCCUGGUCCUAAAGGCGUCCCUGGCAUGUCCGGGCUGGUCGGAGAGCCGGGCAUGCCGGGCAAGGAUGGCCGGGACAGUGUGCUGGGACUCGAUGGCGAGAAGGGAGAAGCUGGUCGCAAUGGUGCCCCGGGAGAGAAGGGUCCCAAUGGGCUGCCGGGUCUCCCUGGACGAGCAGGGUCCAAGGGUGAGAAAGGAGAACCGGGCAGAGCUGGAGAGCUGGGCGAGGCUGGCCCCUCAGGAGAGCCCGGUGUCCCCGGAGACGUUGGCGUGCCCGGGGAGCGUGGCGAGGCUGGCCACAGGGGCUCAGCGGGGGCUCUGGGCCCGCAAGGCCCCCCCGGAGCCCCUGGUGUCCGCGGUUUCCAGGGCCGGAAGGGCAGCAUGGGAGACCCUGGCCUGCCCGGCCCCCAAGGCCUCCGAGGUGGCAUGGGCGACCGGGGCUCGGGAGGAGCUGCAGGCCCAAAGGGCGACCAGGGCAUCGCGGGCGCCGACGGCCUUCCUGGGGAUAAAGGAGAACUGGGUCCCAGUGGCCCUGUCGGACCCAAAGGAGAGUCCGGCAGUCGAGGAGAGCUGGGUCCCAAGGGCAUCCAGGGCCCCAAUGGCACCAGCGGCAUAGACGGCGUCCCGGGCCACCCUGGCCCCAUGGGCCUCCAGGGCGUGCGAGGAGUGCCUGGCAUCACUGGGAAACCCGGAGUCCCGGGCAAAGAAGCCAGCGAGCAGCACAUCAGAGAGCUGUGUGUGGGGAUGGUCAGCGAGCAAAUCGCACAGCUAGCCGCGCACUUGAGGAAGCCCUUAGCACCAGGGUCCAUCGGUCGGCCGGGUCCCGCUGGCCCCCCCGGCCCCCCGGGGCCCCCAGGCUCCAUUGGUCACCCCGGGGCUCGAGGGCCCCCUGGAUACCGCGGUCCCCCCGGAGAGCUGGGAGACCCCGGACCCAGAGGAAACCAGGGGGACAGAGGAGACAAAGGCCCAGCUGGCGAGGGCCUGGACGGGCCUGACGGAGACCAAGGGCUCCAAGGACCGCAAGGCGUGCCCGGUGUUGGCAAAGAUGGCCGCGACGGGGCCCACGGAGAGCCUGGGCUCCCUGGCGAUCCUGGCCUUCCCGGUGCUGUUGGCGCUCAGGGGACCCCCGGCAUUUGCGACACCUCCGCCUGCCAAGGAGCCGUGAUGGGAGGGGGCGGGGAAAAAUCAGGUUCCAGGAGCUCCUAAAACACAACUUCAGGAAGCGAGUGAGGAAGCGAUGCCGACUGAAGCAGCCAGCUGUGCCAGGGCCCCGCGGGGAGCAGCAGUGUCCUGGCAUCCAUGGUCGGAGACCGCCGUGCCGUCCAGCGAGGCCUGCCCCUCCUGUCCUCAGCGGCAGCGACUGGACACUUGGUCCCCGAGAGCGUCCUUCAUCGAGCUGCUGUCAAAGUGUUCUGUCUCUACGUGUAUUUACAAUGGUCCAUUCGGCUGUAACAUCAUACCUCAGACCCAGGCCUAUGUAAUAAAAUCAUCAACCCAACGUUUCAGACGGAUCUAGGGUGUACAUAGAGAAAGGUUUGUGCAAUUUCACGAGAGAAAAAAAUACUCAGCAACUUGUUUACAUGGCAUUUGUGUAAAGGCUAAGAUAUCAUUUCAAUAAAAUGAUAUACGAAAUCUUCAGAUUAAUGACUGGCCACAGUAUUACAAAAAAAAUAAAGAAUUUAAUGUACAGUA